UACCAGCGCCGAGAGUGUGAGGAGGCUGCGUAUCGAUCCCGCUCUCACAGCCAUUGCGGUGCAUUGGGCUACACAGGGACCCAGGCAGCGCUGGGGCCGGGGCGAGCGGCCGGGCGGGCGUCUCUGGGGCUGGGGGCCGAGCGAAGGCUGCGUGCCGACUCUGACGCGGAAAAUCCUCAAAAAUGGGCAAAGGUGAUCCUAAGAAGCCGAGAGGUAAAAUGUCUUCAUACGCCUUCUUUGUGCAAACCUGCCGGGAGGAGCACAAGAAGAAACAUCCAGAUGCUUCAGUGAACUUCUCAGAGUUCUCAAAAAAAUGCUCAGAACGAUGGAAGACUAUGUCUUCUAAGGAGAAAGGGAAGUUUGAAGAUAUGGCAAAGGCUGACAAGCUUCGUUAUGAAAAAGAAAUGAAAAACUAUGUACCACCUAAGGGGGAAACAAAAAAGAAGUUCAAGGAUCCAAAUGCACCGAAGAGGCCUCCUUCGGCUUUUUUCUUGUUUUGCUCUGAGUUUCGUCCAAAAAUCAAAGGAGAACAUCCUGGUCUGUCCAUUGGGGACGUGGCAAAGAAACUGGGAGAGAUGUGGAACAACACCGCAGCAGAUGAUAAACAGCCUUAUGAAAAGAAGGCUGCUAAGCUGAAGGAGAAGUAUGAGAAGGAUAUUGCUGCGUACCGGGCCAAAGGGAAGGUUGAUGCAGGCAAAAAAGUAGUUGCCAAGGCUGAGAAGAGCAAGAAGAAGAAGGAAGAGGAGGAAGAUGAGGACGAAGACGAAGAGGAUGAAGAGGAUGAAGAAGAGGAAGAAGAGGAGGAGGAAGAUGAUGAUGAUGAUGAAUAAGUCUCUUUUAGAGCAAUUUCUUUCUUGUCUAUAAAGCAUUUAACCCCCCUGUACACAACUCACUCCUUUUAAAGAAAAAAAAAAAAUGAAAUGUAAGGCUGUGUAAGAUUUGUUUUUAAACUGUACAGUGUCUCUUUUUUUGUAUAGUUAACACACUACCGAAUGUGUCUUUAGAUAGCCCUGUCCUUAGUGGUAUUUCAAUGGCCACUAACCUUGCCUGGUACAGUGUGGGGGUUGUAAAUUGGCAUGGGAGUUUUAAAGCAGGUUCUUGUUGGUGCACAGCACAAAUUAGUUCUGUUUGGGGAUGUAGUUCAUUUCUCAUCUUCAGUUGUCUCUGAUGCAUCAUAAAAAUAAUUGUCGUUCUGUUAAUUGAAUACCACUCUGUAAUUGCAAAAAGGAAAAAGAAAGUUGCAGCUGUUUUGUUGACAUUCUGAAUGCUUCUAAGUAAAUACAAUUUUUUUUAUUAGUAUUGUUGUCCUUUUAAUAGGUGCCCUGGAAAAUCAUUUUUCUUUUCUCUUUUUUUUUUUUUUUUUGAGGGGAGCUCAUCUUUUGCUUUAUUGAAUGCCCGUUUGGGAUCACGUGAAUAUUACAGUUUUCAUCUUUCAUAUAUCCAGCUGAUAAACACAGCUUUGAUCUGCAUACCCUGCAUAUUCAUGAUAGGGUAAGAAAAGAAAUCUAUAGGCGUGCGAUGAAAGAAUAUUCUUCCGUAACUGGAAACAAAAGAACCCGAUCUCGUCAAAGCGAUGCUCAUUCGGAAGUUUGUGAAGUGUAAUAUUCUGUUGCAUGAAUUUACCAGUCUUGGAGAGUUGAGAAGUAUAGAGUUCAGUUGAACAGAAGUGAAAUACUCCUGGGGGGAGGGAGGGAGCGGAUGUUGCGUUUUGUCCUGGAAGGACCCAUAGGAAGAGCGUGUCUGUCCGGCCGGGGUGGAGACAUUUACAGGUGUGACCGCGUUGCCAUGUAACGGAGGUCGGAUGUGUAAAUCUCUGAGCACUCGUGGGAGGUGAACGUACCUGCAGUGUGUAAAGUGAAAGGCAUGAAAUGACCAUAUUAUUUUUUGGUGACGGGUCUGGCGAUGGCCGCGGGCUUUAUACCAUGAAACUCUCCUGGUAGCAAACGGCCCACGAGAAAUGAUUUUUUCUUUCUUAAGAUUUCUAUAAAUGGUACCAUUAUUAUUUGUUAAAUCUAUGUAAAUUCAUAUUUGUAUUCUUGAAAUUCUAGUUUUAGCCCUUUAAACAAAGUUGUAUAUUGUCUCAAAUUGAAAAUGAGAUAAGAUGUAUUUUUCCUGUUAGGUUUUAUACCGCACUCUCGAUGUCUGCCCAUUUUUAAGUUAAAUAUAGCUGUAUGGAAAAGUACAUUUUAUUAAAUUUUGCAUUAAAAAGUGAAAUGUUUAUGGUAUACCAA